UUUUAACCGCAUCACGUUCUGGUGUGGAGAGAGGAAUACCAGCAGUGGAUAGACGUGCAGCAGCACAACAAAGGUCCUGUGAGAUUGUUUUAUUUUUAUUUUCACUUUGAAUCAAAUCUAACCAUAAUUCAAUUUGCAACCUGCAAAAGCAGACAAAAAUAUUGUGUAUAGAAUAGAACAGCAGACUUGGUUGGUUUGCAGCCACUGGUUUUACCCGCAACACUUCUGUUUGGAUACAAAACACACCAUUGAAAAUGGCGGAACUUGAGGACGCAGGACUGCCCCAAACAAUGCAGGAGACCCGAGAUGAAGAGGAGCCGGGCAAUUCAAAGGCAGAGGAGAUGGACACCUCAGAAGACCUGCAAGAUGACAACCUGAUCAAGCAGGAACACUUCCACAGUUCUAAUAAUGAGCAGCAAGAUGGACAUUUGGCAGUUAGGAGGAAUGUAAUAUUAGAACGAACUAAAUUCAACCAAAGACAACAGGAAGCAGGAGAGACAGCUGAUGAUUUUAUCACGGCACUUCAUUGUUUGUCGGAACAUUGUGGUUAUGGAGCUCUGCUCAGUGAGAUGAUAAGAGACAGACUAGUCAUGGGCUUACGUGACAGAAGACUGUCCGAGCAAUUACAAAUGGACCCAGAAAUAACACUGGAUAAAGCUGUCACACGCAUUCGUCAAACUGAACUUGUGAAAAAGCAACAGGACCUGCCGGAGAAUAACUUCAAAGCUGCCAACAGUGCAGCAAAUGUAGAGAGUGUGCUUUCACAUAGCAAACCGCAAUGCCCAGCCAAUACCCAGUGCCAAUCCGAGAAAAAUAAUCAAAACUCAGACAGACCACAACAACCCCAAACAACACAGGAGAAUGGAGAGGAGCCCCAACAUACAGGUGGCACUGAUGAGUGGAUUGAGGGCUUCAGUCCUGGAGGAGAGAAGCCUCACUACUGCUUUGACUGCAGUAAGAGCUUCAGAAAAGUGAGGGAUCUUAUAAGACACCAGCGAACACAUACUGGAGAGAAGCCURACCACUGCCCCGAWUGRGAKKYAYACACCACCAGCGAAAGCAUAUGA